CCACUCUGGAAGAUUCUAACUGGACGCAGCGGUUCCUCUUAAAGGGGCGGCCGCUAAAUUAAAGGCUCUCCCUCAUAAACUCUUUAACACACUGUGCAAGUUAAUAACUAUAUUUUAUAACCACGUUCUCUCUGUCAUUGACUAGACGAUUGAGAGCACGAUAUUUAGCCCACUCCACGACGUUUCCUUUUUAGCGAGAGGACCUUUAAUUCUCCUCCGCGGACCACCAGCAGUCUCUUUCUUUAACAUCGGCUAAUCGUAAAUCAGUUCGCUCCGCGAUCACUUCUGCAGCUGAUCGUCUCUGUUUCUCCGGCCAUGCAGCUGCUCGCUGUCCUCGUGCUGCUGUUCUGGCCCGGACCGGUUCGCGGUUAUUUCCCGGAGGAGCGCUGGAGCCCGGAGACCGCGCUGCUCGCGCCGCGGGUGCUGGUCGCGCUCGUGUGCCGCAACUCGGCGCACUCUCUGCCGCACGUCCUCGGUGCCAUCGACCGCCUCAACUACCCCAAAGAUCGCAUGGCCUUGUGGGUGGCAACAGACCAUAAUUCUGACAACACUACGGAGCUUCUCAGGGAAUGGCUCAUAAACGUUCAGAACUUUUAUCAUUACGUGGAGUGGAGACCACAGGAGGAGCCCACUGUUUAUAAAGGCGAGAGUGGACCGAAGCAAUGGACCGACGCUCGAUACGAGCAUGUGAUGAAGCUGCGGCAGGCGGCGCUGGAUACGGCGCGUGAGAUGUGGGCCGAUUAUUAUCUGGUGGUGGAUUGUGAUAAUCUGCUGACAAACCCGGACGUUUUGUGGAAGCUGAUGAAGGAAAAUAAGACCAUCGUGGCGCCCAUGCUGGAGUCCAGAGCCGCGUACUCCAACUUCUGGUGCGGCAUGACGUCUCAGGGUUACUACAAGCGGACGCCAGCCUACAUGCCCAUCAGGAGGCAGGAGAGGAAGGGCUGUUUUGCUGUUCCGAUGGUUCACUCCACGUAUCUGAUCGAUCUGAGGAAGGAGGCGUCCCGUCAGCUGGCCUUCUACCCGCCCCACCCCGACUACAGCUGGGCCUUCGAUGACAUCAUCAUAUUCGCCUUCUCAGCACGGAUGGCAGAUGUUCAGAUGUACAUCUGCAACAAAGAGAUUUAUGGGUAUUUCCCCGUACCCCUGCGCUCCCAAAAUACACUGCAGGACGAGACUGACAGUUUUCUGCACUCACAGCUGGAGGUCACGGUACGUGGACCUCCAGCGGAACCAUCCGUGUAUCUGUCUGUUCCUCAGAAGCAGCCGGAUAAACUGGGUUUCAACGAGGUGUUCAUGAUAAACCUGCGCAAACGCUCCGAUCGCAGAGAACGCAUGCUGAGGUCUCUGUACGAACAAGAGAUCACAUGCAAGAUCAUCACGGCUGUAGACGGCAAGGCGUUAAACUUGAGUCAGAUUCAAGCUCUGGGCAUUGAGAUGUUGCCUGGAUACAGUGAUCCGUACCACGGACGGCCGCUCACGAAAGGAGAAAUGGGCUGUUUUCUGUCACAUUAUAACGUCUGGAAUGAGAUUGUGGAUCGGGGGUUGAAUGUGUCUCUGGUGAUCGAGGACGACCUGCGUUUCGAGGUUUUCUUCAAACGUCGCCUGCAGAAUCUGAUGCGCGAGAUCGAAACUCAGGGUUUGGACUGGGACUUGAUUUAUAUUGGAAGGAAAAGGAUGCAGGUGGAGCACCCAGAGAAGUCCGUACCCAAAAUCCACAACCUGGUGGUGGCGGACUAUUCCUACUGGACGCUGGCCUACAUGAUCUCAUUACGUGGAGCGCAGAAACUUCUGCGAGCCGAACCUCUGAAGAAGAUGCUGCCGGUGGACGAGUUCCUUCCAGUCAUGUUCAACAAACACCCCAUCGAGGAGUACAUGUCUCACUUCGAGCAGCAAGACGUGCGGGCGUUUUCGGCCGAGCCCCUGCUGGUGUUCCCCACGCACUACACCGGCGACCCGGGCUACAUCAGCGACACGGAGACGUCCACCGUGUGGGACAACGAGACGCAGCGCACCGACUGGGACCGGGCGCGCUCGCGAAAGAGUCGCCAGCAGGGGGAGCUGAGCUCCGAGGCUCAGAAUACAGACGUUCUCCAGUCGCCGCUGGACAGUACGGCCAGAGAUGAACUCUAGAAGAUCUCCACCAAACGUUAACAAUGACGUCAUCCAAUGCGCAGUAUUGACACAUUUACUGAAAUACUGAAGACGCUGCGUCUCCGAGAUUACAUGGAAGCAGAUCUUUAGAACGGACAGAAUCGUAGUGAGCAAAUCUGAGAGAAGUGAAGCUGGGCGAUCUCACAGAUAUCCACAUGUUCAGAGACCGUCCUUUCUGUGCUCUUAGGAACGUUCUCACUGUGUUGCCAAAAUCCUGUUUGAAGAAUCUUGCAUCCAAACCAAGAUGGAAUCGGUUCACACAAUGUGAUGCCGGUUACAUGCGACUUUACACCUUUAUCUGAUCCGAAUUGUUUUCGUAUUAUAAAAAUCGCAACGGGAGCUACACAGUGACGGUUACCAUGUUAAUAAUCGGAUUAUUAUGGGUCAGACAGAAAACUUGUCCUGGCCAAAUCCUUCGCGCUUUAGUUUAAACAUACGUUACUUUUAACGUUUUUUUAUUGUCGGAGCGUAAUUGAAGAACAUUACUGUGAGCGUUGUAUUCUGUGUUGAAUUGAUUUCAAGUGGCCGUUUUGUGUGAAUCGAAAGUGUUCAUAAAUCACUGAGCGUAUUCCAGACGAACAUAUAUAAAGACUGAUGUUAGUACGUGGGGUAACCCUGCUUGCAGAUGAAUAAUUUAUUGCUUGUUCAGCUGAGUUCUAAUUCACAACAUUAGUGUAAAUGUACAGGGCUGGUUUUGAUGUCACCGUCGCCCUCUGUCGCUCGUGAUGUGAACUGCAUGUGUGGAUCUUCGCUAUUAUUUGGCCUUUCUUUUAUUUUUUUUCUAUUGUGUAUUUUUUUAUUUGGUUUAAGAGGUUAUUUUAGAAGAACAGCAACGUAAUACAGAAUUAUUGCAUAAAAUGUAAAUGCAAUUAUUACUACAGAUUUUUUUAUAUAACUGCAUGUGAUAAAUUAAUUUUUACAUUGUUUGUUGUUUCAACAAUAUCGAAACGACACUGUUAAAAAUUCAACCUAAAAACUUAAGUGCAAAAUUAUAUUGAAAUGAAUUAGAAAAUGUUGUGUUUGGUAUACUUCAUUUUAUAAAUUCAAAACACAACUAGAUUAUAAUUGAAAACAUUUUGGCCCGGUUUCACAGACACGGUUUAGUUUAAGACAGGACUAUGCCUUAGUUGAAUUAAGAUAUUUAUAUCGCUUUUAUAAAAAUGCCUUAGAAGAACAAUGACACUGACAUAUUUGAAGAUAUUUCUGGGCAAGUUAUAUUCAGUUAAGACAGGUCACACAUUCAUUUUAGUCUGGGACUAGCCUUAAACCUCAUCUGUGAAACAGGGCCUUUAUCUUAAAAAUGUAGUUAAAAACUUAAAAAAAAAAUUAAUUUAAGUUGAAUUUCAUUUACAGUAAAGAAGUUUCUUUUAUUUUUGUUUUUCAUGUUCGUUUUAUGUUCUUAAUAUGUGUGUGUGUGUGUGUGUCCAAAAUGUGCCUUUUAUACCAAAGAAUAAAAUAAAACAAUU